GUGUAGGUAUGUGUGUAGGCAGAGUGAGUCUUUCUGGUCCUCUAACUCUCUACACUCCCAUAUUUGAAUAAUUUUUGUAUUUAAUUGAAAUUCAUUCUAAAAACAGUAGUUGUUCCCUUGAAAAGGCACCAUGAUGAGAAAGACAGAUCCAGUGGAGACAAAUAUUGACCUGGGAGACACUGAUGAUGAAGACCUUGAUGCAGACCUGUAUGAGGAACAUGAGGAGCCGCAGCUGCUAUGGAAGGCUGAACUGGGGGACAGGAUGGAUGAGGUGGAAGCUGUGUCCCCGUUAGUGGAUCUUAGUGACACCAAGUCCCUCCUGAAUGAGAGAGACCCUCGAGGAGUCAACGAGUGUUCGAAGGUGAGCUUUGAGGAUGUGAUAGCAGAGCCAGCGUCAGUACGUAGCGGAGACAGAGUGUGGAUCUGGAGCAACGCCCUGUUCGAGGUUACCAGGGUCUGGAUCUACCGCAUAGUGACCGUCCUGCUGGCAGUCCCUGUGUCCAUCAUCACCGGACUGAUAUUUGCCAUCCUCAGCUUCCUACACAUAUGGUUCUCUAGCCCAUUCGUGCAUCCUAUCCUUAUAAUCACACACUGGCUGCAGAGCCUAUGGAGCAUCGUACUGGACAUUGGUGUCCGCCCAUUCCUCACUAGUGCAGCAAAGUGCUACGAUGGAAUCAGACUUCGCCUGACUCUGGAAUGACAGAAUAUUGGACCUUCACUCAGGAUUUGGAAUAUGGGCUUGUUCCCAAUGUUACCCUACU